AUGAGUUCCAAGAAGAUCAUUGAGUUUCCGGACGUUUCGAAUAAGCUACAAGCUCCUACCAAGAAAUCAUUAUUUGAGAGGCAGAAAGCAGAUGCGGAAGCUAAGAGAUUGAGGGAGGAGGCAGAAACGAAAGCUGUAUAUGAGGAUUUUGUAAAGAGUUUUGAUGAUGAAGAUGAUGAGCCUGCAGAUGGGGUUGGUGGAAUGGGUGGCAUAGGUGGCAUGGGAGGAAAUAGAUAUUUUGGAAGAGGAGGCUUGGGUAGUGGAAUGGGAAGAGGAGCUUUUGGCGAAAGUAGAGGAGGAUUUGCGCCACGAGGAGGAUUAGGGAUGGGCAGCGGACCGGGGAGUUUAGGGCCCUUACCGGGAAACAUGAGCGGCAAUACUUUGCCAAAGAAAAGAACAUUUGAAGGUUUCGCACAAAACUCACGCAGAGACGACAGAGGUUCACUUGCGUUUGAGGAUUAUAGUCAUGAUGGACCAGCAGCCAAAACUCUCAAGACGUUCGAUCAUGACGAGGAUAAUGUGGGAACCAGCAGAGAUGAAGAGAGAGCUGUCGCCAAACCCACCUUACGAUUGGCCUCUUUACCUCCAGGAACUUCGCCCGCUGUCAUCAAAGCUUUGCUCCCUACCAACUUGACUGUCGACGCCGUCAGAAUUAUACCACCUUCUGGACCGACUUCAUUUACGGAAAGGAAAUCCAUGUCAGCGAUCGUCACAUUGGCCAAAGAUACCCCCGCGAACGACAUUGACACGACUGUUAAUUCUUUACAAAAUAAGUACUUAGGCUUUGGAUAUUAUUUGAAUUUGCAUAGGCAUUUAUCAUCGGCAGCUAUUUCGAGUUCUACACAACUUACAAGUAUAGGUAGUGCAACGGCCUCGCAACCUUUCGGCGCGAAACCAGUCAACUCACCGGCAGCUCGCGGAGGUCCGCCGUCUCACAGAGGGGGAUUUGCGCCUCCUACCUCUUAUAACAAUGUACCUCAACUAAGCCGUUCCACCCUUUUUGUUCCUGUUCAGCCACCACAGGACAUCAAAGAAUUGAAACUCAUUCACAAAACAAUCGAAUCGCUUCUCACACAUGGACCAGAGUUUGAAGCACUCCUAAUGUCACGCGCUUCCGUUCAGCGAGAAGAGAAAUGGGCAUGGUUAUGGGAUUCGAGGAGUACAGGUGGUGUUUGGUAUCGAUGGCGAUUGUGGGAAGUAUUGACAGGCUCACAAUCUAAAAGAGGGCAAGGAAAGUAUCUUCCAUUGUUCGAAGGCUCUUCGGCAUGGAAACAACCAGAUCAACCUUUAGCAUAUGAAUAUACUACUCGUCUCGAAGAGUUUGUUUCGGAAUCUGAAUACAACUCCUCUGAUGAAGACGACUCCGGCGACGAAGGUGCUAGACGUCCUCCGAUUGACCCUAUCACAUUGAAUGAAGACGGAAAAGCAUAUUUAAACCCCCUGGAAAAGGCUAAACUCACACAUCUCCUAGCCCGCUUGCCUACUAGCACAGGCAAACUAAGAAAAGGAGAUGUAGCAAGAGUCACCGCAUUUGCAAUCUCACAUGCAGGACGAGGAGCCGACGAAGUUGUCUCGGCAAUCGUGUCUAACGUCGAAAGACCCUUCGCUUACACAUCUGCAAACCCGGAUCGCAAAAAAGAAAAGGAGAGAGAUAAUAGCGGUGAUGAUAACGAAGAUAAUGCCGAGGAAGAAGAUACUAGUUCUGCAUCGCUAAUAGGUCUUUAUAUUGUAUCUGAUAUUCUGUCAAGUAGUUCUACGAGUGGCGUUAGACAUGCAUGGCGCUAUCGACAGUUAUUCGAACAGGAAUUGCGGAAGAAAAAGACUUUUGAGGGGCUGGGUAGGAUGGAACGGAAGAUGAAAUGGGGCAGAUUACGAGCUGAGAAGUGGAAGAGAAGUGUGGGCAAUGUACUGGGUUUGUGGGAGGGUUGGUGUGUUUUCCCCCAAGAAAGCCAAGAUGAAUUUGGAAGGGUAUUCAGAGAACCACCUUUAUCGGCUGAGGAACUGAAGGAGCAAGAGCAAAAAGCUCAAGAGGAGAAAAAUAAAGAAAAGAGUAAAUGGAAGGCUGUGGAGGUGGCGCCGAAGGAGAAAAGCCAAGAGGAACUUAAUGAUGAGGAUGAAGAUUUGGAUGGUGAACCGAUGGUAGAAGAUGAUGAGGAUGUCGAUGGUGUGCCCAUGGAAGAUGAAGAUGUAGAUGGAGAACCAAUGGCGGAUAGCGAUGAUGAUGAUUUGGAUGGAGAGCCCAUGCAAGUACAAGAAGAUGAGGAAGAUUCUUAUGAACCUCCUCCCGCCAUGGAAACUGCAGCCGCACCGACGUUAAAAGCAGAAGAAUCUGCGCCGCAGAGGAGAGCAAGGCCAAGAGCAGUAGAUAUGUUUGCUGAUUCAGAUGAUGAGGAUUAA